CUCACACACCCUUCCUAAGGUUUGCUGCUGCAGAGACUUCUCAAGGCAACCAGAUAGAGCCUUACUACGUCUGCACGGCUCUGGUGGGGAAACCCAGCCCCCAGGAAUGAUCAAAGGUGGGAGGAAGAGCCAAGGCACAUCCUGUCUCCUUCCCUUACAGUGCAGUCAUGCUGGAGGCAUAGCAGCCGCCCGUUGAAGUACAGUAAGGUGAACAGAACCUUGUUUACCCAUCUGGGAAGGAAACGUUACAAAGCCUUUGUCUUGGAAGUCAGCAGCAUCUCAUCUCUGCCGCUGGCUUAUCCACUGCUGGCGAUACUACCAUAACCAUCUUGGACUGCUUCAGCUAUUUUGACUUCCUUUUUUUUCCUAUUGCUCCAAGAAUGUCUUGAUAGAACUGCGAGGAAAUUCCAUCUUUGAAAGGGUUUCUUGUGGAUUCCUUUGAAUUCACAAUGAGAGCAGUUUAUCUUUGAGACUCUUUUGUUUUUGUGAAAAACCACAUGACUAUAUUUUGAAGCAGAAAAAUAGGAAGAUAGAAGAAAUAGGGUUUUUUUCCCUCUCCCUUUUGCUGGAUCAGCUUUCUAGAUAGUGGCAGCGGCACAUUGCACAUACGCUUCCAGGCACACGUACUGCAGGGUGCUGUUGAUCUUGGCAAUUUUUGAUAUUUUUUGACUAUAUAUAUACAUUUUGCUUCAGUCAGAGUGCACUGUGAUCACAUUUCUCCUCAAUUGCUGUUUUGCAUUGAAUGUGUAGGAAUAUGCUCAUGAAGGAGUACCGGAUCUGUAUGCCUUUGACAGUUGAAGAGUACAGAAUUGGGCAGCUGUAUAUGAUCAGUAAGCACAGCCAUGAGCAGAGUGAUCGCGGAGAAGGUGUAGAAGUGGUGCAGAAUGAACCCUAUGAAGAUCCAAAUUACGGGAGUGGCCAGUUGACAGAAAAAAGGGUUUAUCUGAACAGCAAACUUCCAAGUUGGGCAAGAGCCGUUGUCCCUAAAAUAUUUUAUGUUACAGAGAAGGCCUGGAAUUAUUAUCCAUACACCAUUACAGAAUACACGUGUUCGUUCUUGCCUAAAUUCUCAAUUCACAUAGAGACAAAAUAUGAAGACAACAAAGGAAGCAACGAUAACAUUUUCGAUAAUAAUGAAGCCAAAGAUCUUGACAGAGAAGUCUGCUUUAUUGAUAUUGCCUGUGAUGAAAUUCCUGAGCGCUAUUACAAAGAAUCAGAGGAUCCUAAAUAUUUCAAAUCAGAGAAGACUGGGAGAGGCCUAUUAAAAGAGGGCUGGAGAGACACUCAAGAACCCAUCAUGUGUUCCUACAAAUUGGUGUCUGUGAAAUUUGAAGUGUGGGGACUUCAAACUCGAGUAGAGCAAUUUGUUCACAAGGUGGUCAGAGAUAUACUGCUGAUUGGUCACCGACAGGCUUUUGCGUGGGUGGAUGAGUGGUAUGACAUGACUAUGGAUGAAGUCCGAGAGUUUGAAAGAGAAACUCAGGAAGCUACCAACAAGAAAAUUGGGCUCUUCCCUCCUGCGAUAUCGAUCUCCAACAUCUCCCUGCCCUCUUCCAUCCGCAGCACUCCUUCUAGUGCUCCGUCGACACCUCUCUCCACAGAAGCACCCGAAUUCUUAGCAAUUCCCAAAGACCGGCCACGGAAAAAAUCUGCCCCAGAAACACUCACGCUGCCAGAUCCAGAUAAAGAAGUUCUCUAAACCCAGCAUGUUUUCCUACAAGAAGCCAUGGUUGACAUCAUGGCAUUUGCACAGCUCAUGGUAGUUGUUUUAGUUAAAGAAAUUUUACUGAUCUGGAAGUAUGCCUCCCCCUCUGUCCCUGCUUGUCCCUUCAACUAGUUAUAGCAAAAUGCAUGCGAGAACAUAGUUCAUGUGCUCCGAUUCCCAAACUAAAGCUCUAAGCCAUACGACAGAUGUUGUUAUCAACACAAAAUGAAAUCGCUUGCAAAAGCAAUCUCUUUGUAGCAAUGUAGUAAGCGAAAGAGAUUCUCAUAUGUAGAGCAACAGUAUUUAUUACUGGAGCUGUUAUCGGAAUUUAAUCAAGCUUGCAAAGAUAGCUUGAGAAAAUGAGGUCCUAUUUAGGGACAGCUUAAACAGACAACAUUUCUCAUUUCAAGCCAUUAUAUCUCAGUGUCUAAAAUUCUCUUUACUCUCAGGCCAAGUGCACCUUAAAGUAAACCUUUGAACUGAUAUUCACUGAUAAAAACUUGAAUACCAACAGUAAUUAUUCAGAUUCUUCUUUUACUGAAUACAACUCAGGAUUUGGGAUAUAGCUAAUGCACACAUUUUCAAAAAUUAAAGAACCGAUGUCCUCCAAUUCUGGUGGAGACUAUACCUAUUUGGAGGCCCUUGAAUUAUUUGUACCUUGCACAAAAAUUGUAUUGUGUGCUGUUGUAUAACUUUUCUGUGUUGGUAUUUGAGAGUCUUGUUUCAGGGAGGAAAAUGGGAUUGGAAGCAAUGAAACAGCUUCCAUUUCCCAAGUGAGACAAAUAUAUCCAAAUGAAGGCUAUCAUUAUUAAGUCGCAAUUCAGUGAUUACUUCAAGUCUUCGUAAUUCCUAUUAAAACCUGAGGGAAACUGCAGGACCCAAAUCCUAUUUAAUUGCCAAAGGAAACAUUUGCUCUGUUUCUUUUUGGCAAGAUCACGAGUAGAUAGCAAGGCAAGGAAACAGGGAUGGGCAACAGAAUGUCCUGUGGUGGUUUCCUGUGGCACCAUGGCACCCUCCUCCACCGCAGAGAGCUGCCAACAAUAUAUGGCAGUUGCAGGAGAAGAGAAGCCACUAUGCCAUGCCACACUUGGCAAAUUACCCAUCUCUGUUAUCAAGUUUCUGAUUCUGAUAAUGGCGCAGAAGAAUGCUCAACAGUAAAUCUGAAUCUUCCUAGAAGAAUACCCAUAUUGUCAUAGCCUUUGGGGCACCUAAACUACCUAAGACAUUUUUAUUGCAUUUGGCUCUCCCUCUUCCUUCCUUCCUUCCUUCCUUCCUUCCUUCCUUCCUUCCUUCCUUCCUUCCUUCCUUCCUUCCUUCCUUCCACCCUCAUUGUAUCCUUUGUCAUAAACUGAUGAGAGGAGGAAAAGGCAAGGAGCAUUUCUUGUCAAGGUGAGAGAAGCUGAAAAGACUUGCUUUGAGAAGGCAGUGAGGUCCCUACUGCACUGACAUAUAAUCUAGUAUCUGAUCCCAGAUUAUCUGCUUUGAACCGGAUUAUGUGGCAGUGUAGACUCAUAUUAUCAAAGCAGAUAAUAUGCCCCUGGUGGCACAAUGGGUUAAACCCUUCUGCCAGCAGGACUGCUGAUCGAAAGAUCAGCAAUUCGAAUCCAGGAAGCUGGGUGAGCUUGCAUCUGUCAGCUCCAACUUCCCAUGUGGAGACAUGAGAGAAGCCUCCCACAGGAUGGUAAAACAUCCUGGCAUCCCCUGGGCAAUGUCCUUGCAGACAGCCAAUUCACUCACACCAGAAGCAAAUUGCAGUUUCUCAAGUUGCUCCUGGCAUGAAAAAAAAUUAAAGCAGAUAACUGGAUGAUAUGGUACUGUAUAUCCAGCCUGAGAUGUGAUGGACCAAGUUCCUCUUUCACCUCAGCAAAAGGACAAAAUCAAUGGCUGGGUAGCAUUUGAUCCAUGAUCAGCACUCUAUUGAUUUGUGAUAGCUGCAUAACUGUACUGGGAUUUUUAUUUAUAAGACCUGAGACAGUCAAGCAGCAUUGUAGGCAGGUUUCCUCAAACAGUGUGGCAACAGUCUUCCUCAGGAUUUAAACAACAAAUUGUUUUCAAUGGGAGUUCCUAUAGCAGAAGUUUGAAAUGUUAUUACAAAAGUUAACAUAUUAGCAUUAACAAUUUUUAAGCGAAGGGUCAUUAAUUGCUCACAAGCACCAAAUACAUUCCAGAUAUGUUAUUCUUUAACUGUUAGUAAAAUAUAUUUUUAAAUUAUGAGAAUUGGCUCAAAUCCCUCAGAAAAAUAAUGAGUAGAAGUUAUUUACUACACUAAAUUGAAAAUUAGCUAUGUUUAACAAGAAUUAGCUGGCAAGAUAAGUCAGUAUAUACACCAAAACCUACACACAAAUAUAUAUUUAUAUCAGGUUCCUCUGCUGAAAAUCCCAUAGCAAGACAAGAAUGGAGUGGAUUGCUGAAUCCUGAAUACAGUUCUGGAAAACAUUUUAGAAAGAAAUUUCUAAUAAAUCCACCAGUACUGGAAAAGUUUUAUCCUGAGCAUGAGAGGCCCAGUUUCAACAUAGUCAACAAUAAUAGAUUGCAGCUUCAUGAAUUAAAUCACAAGAAAUAAGACCUCAUGCAAUUUGGCUUCCUGUAUUCAAAAAAUUGAGAAACAAGGCAAAAAAAGAAAUGAAACUGAUAUAAGGCUUCUUCUGGAAACAAUGCAGUCAGCCCAUUUCCAGGGUUGCUUUGCUUAUGUUUUCUUUCCAACAACAAGAGAGAAUUUAAGAGCUUGCUCUUUUUUGUUAAUGGAAAUAGGACUAAAAAUCCUGAAGGCACCAGGUGCCCUCUGAUCUUGGAAGCAAAGCAGAAUCAUCCCUGGUUAAUACUUCCUGGGAGACCAUCCAUCAGUACCAGAUGUUGACAGCUAUAUUUGAAAGGAUAGAACUGGCAAAACUACCUCUGAGUAUUCCUUGCCUAAGAAAACUAUGAAAUCGAUGGGGUCACUAUAUGUUGAUAGGCAACUUGAAGUCCCACUAAGGCUGGAUCUACACUGUCCCAGGAUCUGAUGCCAGAUUACCUUCUUAUCCCAGAUUAUCUCGUAGCGCAGUGGGUUAAAUCCUUGUGCCAGCAGGACUGAUGACUUGAAGGUUGGGUUGCUGACCUGAAGAUUGCCAAUUUGAAUCCAACCCAGGGAGAGUGCGGAUGAGCUCCCUCUAUCAGCUCCGACUCCAUGCGGAGACAUGAGAGAAGCCUCCCACAAGGAUGGCAAAAACAUCAAAAAAACAUCCAGGUAUCCCCUGGGCAACGUCCUUGCAGAUGGCCAAUUCUCUCACACCAGAAACGACUUGCAGUUUCCUGACACAAAUAUUAUAUACAGUGUUCCCUCACUUAUUGCUGGGGUUAGGUUCCAGGACUACCCGCAAUAAGUGAAAAUCUGCAAAGUAGGGACGCUAUAUUUACUUUAAUAUUUAUACAUUAUUUUAGUAGUUAUACACUAUUUUAAGUCUUUAUCAACCAAUUGUAUGUUGAUAAAUCGCCUCCGUCUCCUCCUGUUGCCGCUUUGGCUCCUUUUUUCUCCCUUCGGCUUCUCCUUCCUCCCUUAGGCUGUAAAUUGAAAUUUUUUAUGAUUUAUAAUAGUCUUUUAGAGUUUACUGAAAAACUGAGAAACAGCAAAUCCACGAAAAGUGAACCGUGAAGUAAUGAGGGAACACUGUAUAUAUGUGUGUGUGUGUGUGUGUGUGUAUCUCUCCAGUUCAAAGCAGAUAAUCUGGGAUCAGAUUCUGUGAUACAGGCCAACGUAUACCCAGCCUUAGACACACAACUAAGGAGAAUGGCCGUUCUCUAUUGCAACCUGAAAAAUCCCACUGGCCUGUUAGUAACUUCACCUUUGAUUCUCAGGAAUGAAAGUCACUUCCCCUUAUCAACUAUUUAAAAUAUGAAGGAUUUCUCUUUUCUUUUCCUGAUAUUUCACCCCUGUCUAGCUGCUGGGAACAGAACUGUUUCAAAACUUCGGAGUCCAAUCAUUUCUUUAUUAGCCCUGUCCAAGCUGUAACAGCCCUAGCAAUGUCUUAAACACUUGUACUGAAAUUAGACCGGUGUGAGAAGCAUGUAGAAAUUGAAGUGCAAAUUUCAGAAGAUUAAAAUGAUAUUUGAGUGAUGGAAAACAAAUAAGUGGGUAUCUUUGUAGCAAGCAUAGUAGCAGAUCCUGUAUGUGAAAAAGUGUUGCUGACUCAAAUCCCACACCAGUUUUCAAGUGAGAGGCUUCUUGUUUAAACAAUAGUACUAAGGCAAAUGAUUAGAGGUCUAGUUUUAGUCAUAUAAGGGGAGGAGUAUAAAAUGUGAGAUGAAAAAUUAAGAAUCCCAGUAGCUAUUAUUUUAAUACCUGAUAUAUCUAUCACUUGGCUUCAACCCUUUUCUCUAUUUUAUUCAUGCCUUUUCUCUCUGUGUCUGUCUCAAACAUCUUGAUAUUUUCUGUGGUUCUGUAUGUAAUAUCUGUUUCUUUUAAUUAUCACAAUAUAUUUAUUGCGUAUGAAUUGGUUAUGAAUCGGCACAUGGCUGUAGCCGUCAUAUAUAUUCCUAUUUGAUUGUGAUCCUUUUAUAGCAUUUUUAAAAGGUUGCUAUCCUUGUAUCUCUUUUAGAACGUUUUGCACAAGGCAUUCAAAAGCUUUAUGUGGGUUUGCUUUAACUGUCUCAUUUCCGACCAUAUUAUUGUGUCACUUUGACUUGGGAACACAAUCAGGCUUUGUGUAAACGAUGCUAAUUGUGCAGACCUGAAACAAAAAUAAUGGCUUUAGAUAGAAAAAGAAAAGAGACUUUUCUCUUAUACCUCCUUUACUCAGUGGCACAACUGUACACAUUUAUUCAGUCAGAUGUGCUAUCAAAUUUGGUGCCUCAGAAAUCAAUACAAAAUUUGAUAUUAUUUCAUGUCUGAAUGACAGCUAGAGCAAUGCAUACCUGCCUCCUGCUCUCUAAAGAGGGCUGACAAAAAUAAGCAUGUAAUUUUUAAAGAGAAGAGGCAUGAUGGUAUAUCCAAUCCUUUUCAUGAUGUGCAGUAUGACAGCCUACAUUCUCAAUCAAACCAGCUUCAGACUAUCAGAUGAGUUUUCACUAUAGUGGGUUUUGUCAUGUUUGUUUAAAGUAUCACCAACACAAAAAGGAAAAACUAAACUUCUAGCACAUUGUGUUGCACCAAAAUCUCUUUUAUACAAAAAUUGUUGUGUUGUUUUGUCUGAAGUACUUUCUACAAAAUCUCUAUAUUUUUAGGUGUGCUUGUGAGAAAAAGAGGGCAAGCCUAUUGCCGUUUCUGUAAUUUGAUUUCAGAAACAACAUGGUACUCUCUUUAAACUGUGGUUUAAAUCAGAGUAUUAGUGCUGCAUUCUCUUUUCCUGACUGCUAAAGAGGAAAAAUCAGAAUGUAUGUAUUUUGAAGCCAGAAUACCCUUGCUACUAAAUUAAUCUUUCCUACUCAAAAGAUAGAAUCCCAACGUUGUCUUAAAACUGUUUAAAACUUGCAAGUCCCUAUUUUGCCUCCAUAUCCAGGCAAAAUGAGUACAAAACUCCUUUUGAGAACUGUACAAUCAGUCUUAGUAAAGCUUGCUGACUUCUUACUAUAACAAGCAUUAGCAUGUCUGUACCUGCUGCAUUUGCCAUGUUAUUUGUGAGCAAUGGGAGAUAUGCCAUCUCUCAAAAUUCAAGUAUUGACAAACAUUCAUUGAGCCCGCAAAAUCUUAAUGACCAUAUUAUUAAAAAAAAUCCCACAUGUGUGCUAUAAGAAACUCCAUUGUACAUGUACCAAUUGUGUUUGUUGCAUUACAAGUUGUGUUGUCCUAAGAUAAAAGUUGAGCCCUGCUGUUUUUCAUACAUGGCUAAACAUAAUCCCUGCCAGUUUUUACUACCGACUUUAUACUUGCAUAUCUAACUGUACAAAAGUAAAUAGUGUCAUAAUCUUCCAGGCUGUAAUUAUAGACAAUUUACUACAAAAGUGCUGACUCUUGAAACUUCAGUUUCCUAAUCCAGACCCCUUUUUAUUAGACAACGUUGUUUCAUUUCCAAAGCUUUCUUAGAAAGAAUAAAAACAAUGCUCUGUUGUUUGUAUCUGAAUAAUAGCAAGAUGAAGUAACACCUUAAUUUAGAUUCAGAGGUGCUCCUGAAUGAGCAGAGUUUUUUUGCUGAUUUCCCCCAUCGAUUACAACCGCUCCGCCCCACACCCGACCCCAUAUUGUCCUGAAAGUUCCUCAUCAUGCGCACUCGCAGAGACAGAUUUAUAUUGGUUUUUUUAAAAUAAAUAAAAAAACAGGGACAAUGAAAUGGAGAGAAAGGGUUAAGACUUCAUCUUUCCUUCACUUGGGAAGCAAAAUUAUACUUAGGAUCAUGUCUGGUCUCCCUUUGCUGUGCAGGGCUUUACAACAUGCUGCCGUUUCAAGUACAUCCAAUUUAGACAAUUCACAUUAUGCUGUAAAUGCAAUAGGGAGGAUACAUUAACCUGUUAGCAGGAAUUUGCCAACUGCUAUUAUUCCGAUGUAAUUUAGGCAUCUUUUGUUUCAUAAAGGCUCGAAACUAAGCUAUUCAUGACUGUUUUCCCACCCUGUGAGGACAGCAUGGUCUUUGAAUUACAGCUAUCUCUGAUUUUUGAAUGUUACUUGUAGAAAUUAGUUUUGUUUCAUUUUUGUGGCAAUCCUUGUGACUUUGAAUGUUGUGUAUAGUGUUUUUUGCUGGUAAGGGUAGUAUUACGUUAAUCUGAUGAGCUAGUUCUACAAAAGAAGGACCAAGACGCCAACAAUUUGAGGCCUCGCAGAAAGGUUCAAGUUGCAUAAGUUACCAUAUCAGCCAUACUUGUUGCUUUUUUUCCAACUAUUUAUUGUUUUUUGAAACUUGCAUUUUCUUACAUUGGAUUGUAAAUAAACUACCAGGCUAUCUUC